AUGGCAUUGGCUAUGAUGACUCAACCUGUUUCUACGGUGGUUCUAUGUCCAGCACAUUUUCCCUCCAGGGAAGCGGAUGUGCAGUUCUCAGUGUUCUGUCAGUGCUCCAUCUACAGUAUCUGUACAGGGGAAAGAAGAUUCUACUGCAGAUGGGCGCUCAAGGUCAGGCGCUCCUCGCCUUACUACCACACUGUCAUUAUCUUUUUCAGUCUGCUGGUGAUGCCCCAACAACACCCAAGUACAGUAAGGAUAACCGCGACAUCUUCUUCCCUGCCUCUCUGCCAACCCCGGUCUUGCUCAGCCACACUGCCUGCCACCCUCUGUCCAUCCAGAUCCAGGACAGCCAAGACAAACUCCAGUACGAGCCCCUGGACAAGGUGCCCAGACCUCCAGCCAGCGGCUCCCACGAGCAGCCCCAGCACAGGAGAGCCCCCCUGCCUAUCCACCCUGCUUCAACUAUGGCCUUCCAUCCCCAAACAGGUCAGUUUCAUCUCUCAGUACAUUUUUAAAAACACAACAGUAAAACUGCCUGGUCAGUUUGAAAACAGCCAAGUGGGUCUGUUUAAAGUAUGCUGCUACAAAGAGGACAAGGUCAUCAAACAUUUAAUUAAAAUUGCGUAGAUCCUCUUUGGAGAAUAUAGUGUAAUGUGAAUUGAUUUGUAGCACCCACAGUAAUUUCGCUGCAAACUGGUUGUGUUCACUGUGCUGUAUCUGCAGUUGAUGAUUCCCUGCGUGGUACCUGCUGCUCUAGGGGGAGAAGGAUAAAUUAGACUUGUCAAAGCUGCUCUCUCUCUCUGUAAUGAUAACCAGCCAGCAGGGGGCACACUUGCCCACUCAGAGCUGUGUUAUGUAACUACUGUACACUAUGAACUGGUUGAAUGGUUUCUGUUUUAGUAAAUCACUUAAGUCUCCCUAGUACAUAGUACAUCUGACACUUACAGAUGGAAGUGUUUGAAAUAAUGAUCUGUCUUUAACUUGGAACACUGUUUUCCGGAUGAUACAUUGUUUCUGUAUGACACAAUUGUGUCAAGCCUCUUUAGUUGACCAUCCUGAUUAUUGAGUACAUUAAAUAUUUAAGGAUUCAAGGAGGAUAUCAUCCACACGAGCACACACACACACAGACACAUGUGUGAGGUUAAGGAGAUCAGUGCUCAGCAUCAGGCAGCUUGGCACUGAAAUCUACCAAUGGUUUCCCAGGCAACCUGAAUGAAGAGGUCGGGUAGAGAGGGAGUGGGAUUAUUGUAUUUGCUGUCAGUGCUGCCAGUGCUAUUGUAUGCUGCUACAUGGGGAUGUGAUUCUCACAGGCAGGCAGGCAUUACCCUCCCUCAUAUAUCCCAUCUGCCUCCAGCUUUCAUUGUGGGGUCUGUUAUGGCAGCCUGGAACAAUAUUUGAAACCAGUGGCUUUGUCUGUCUGUGUAUAGAAAUAAUAUUUAUGUUCUAGUAAGCUCAUGUUAAUGUUGGCCAUUGCAAACAUUGUUGCUAUAGUAUAGUGCACUGCAUACUGAAUCAGUCUGAAAUUGAUUAUUCUGCUAACCCCAGUUGUAUGAGUGAGAGCUUGCCAUCUUGUCUGUCUUCACUAUGCUGGUGUGUGUGUUUGGAUGCUGUAUGGAUUGUGACCCAGCCAGGUCAUGUGAUGUGGUUGUUUCUCCAGAUGAACUUGAGGAGCCCCCAGAGGGACUGUCCUACAGACAGCAGGAGUCUCAUCUGUGCCAACAGAUGAAGCUGGCCACUGUGUCCCCAGGGCAGGAGGCUGCAGGCUGGCACCAUGACGAGCCUGCUUCCUGUAGUACCACACAUCCCUGCACCGGUAAGAACAUUUACAACCAGGACAUACCAAGAGGGAAAGUAAGAAUUAUAUUAAGGUGGAGUAGAGGAUAUUUGUGAGACGUUGUCAUAAUGUUUCUCUAUGUCCUCUGUUGUUCAGACCAGCAGCUGUAUGGCAGCAGUGAGCAGUCCAAGAUGUCGGACCCCAGUCGUGUCCGCUCCCGCAUCCCCCCCAACAUGCCAAAACUCUUCAUCCCCUCCACCAAGUUCCCCCCCGAAAUCACAGUCACCCCGCCUACACCCACCCUGCUCUCCCCCAAAGGAAGUAUCUCAGAGGAAACCAAGCAGAGACUCAAGGUGCUUUCCCGCUUCCUCUCUAUCUCUCUCUCCUUCUCUCUUUCUCCUUCUCUCUUUCUCCUUCUAUCUCUCUCCUUCUAUCUCUCUAUCAAUUCCAUCUAUGUAUCUAUCUCUCUAUCAAUUCCAUCUAUGUAUCUAUCUCUCUAUCAAUUCCAUCUAUGUAUCUAUCUCUCUAUCAAUUCCAUCUAUGUAUCUAUCUCUCUAUCAAUUCCAUCUAUGUAUCUAUCUCUCUAUCCAUUCAUCUAUGUAUCUAUCUCUCUAUCAAUUCCAAUCUAUGGUAUCUAUCUCUGCUACUCUAUCAAUUCCAUCUAUGUAGCUAUCUCUCUAUCAAUUCAUCUAUGUAUCUAUCUCUCUAUCAAUUCCAUCUAUGUUCUCGAUCGCUCUAUCAAUUCCAUCUUAUGGAUCUAUCUCCUAUCGAAAAUUCCAUCUAUGUAUCUAUCUCUCUAUCAAUUCCAUCUAUGUAUCUAUCUCUCUAUCAAGUCCAGCUCAUGUAUCUAUACUCUCGAUCAAUUCCCAUCUAUGUAUCUAUCCUCUAUCCAAGUCCAUCUAAGUAUCUAUCUCUCUAUCAAUUCCCAUCUAUGUAUCUCAUCUCUCUAUACAAUUCCUCUAUGUAUCUAUCUCUUCUAUCAAUUCCAUCUAUGUAUCUAUCUCACUAUCAAUUCCACUAUGGUAUCUAUCUCGAUCAUUCCAUCUAUGUAUCUAUCCAUCUUCAAUGUCCAUCUAUGUAUCAUCUAUCAAUUCCAUCUAUGUAUCUUAUCUCUCUAUCAAUUCCAUCUAUGUAUCCUUCCUAUCAUUCCAUCUAGUUCUAUCUCUCUAUCAAUUCCACUGUGUUCUAUCUCCUAUCAUUCCACUAUGUAUCUAUCUCUCUUAAUUCCAUCUAGUUCUCUUCUCCUGUUCUGUCCCCUGUUUCCUGUCCUCACCUGUCCUGUUUCCCUGUCCUUCCCUGUUCUUCCCUGUUCCUGUCCCCUUUUCUUCCUGUCCCCUGUUCCUGUCCCCUGUUCCUGUCCCCUGUUCCUGUCCCCUGUUCCUGUCCCCUGUUCCUGUCCCCUGUUCCUGUCCCCUGUUCCUGUCCCCUGUUCCUGUCCCCUGUUCCUGUCCCUGUUCCUGUCCCCUGUCCUGUCCCCUGUUCCUGUCCCCUGUUCUCUCCCCUGUCUUCCCCUGUUCGUCUGUCCCCUGUUCUCUGUCCCUGUUCUCUGUCCCCUGUUCCUGUCCCCUGUUCUCUGUCCCCUGUUCCUGUCCCCUGUUCCUGUCCCCUGUUCCUGUCCCCUGUUCUCUGUCCCCUGUUCCUGUCCCCUGUUCCUGUCCCCUGUUCUCUGUCCCCUGUUCCUGUCCCCUGUUCCUGUCCCCUGUUCCUGUCCCCUGUUCCUGUCCCCUGUUCCUGUCCCCUGUUCCUGUCCCCUGUUCCUGUCCCCUGUUCUCUGUCCCCUGUUCCUGUCCCCUGUUCCUGUCCCCUGUUCCUGUCCCCUGUUCCUGUCCCCUGUUCUCUGUCCCCUGUUCCUGUCCCCUGUGCAGAACGUGAUCCUGUCCUCCCAGUCGGCGGCCACAGUGAAGAAGGAGACGCUGAGCCAGCCAGCCCUGGAGGUGCAGGAGACCUCCAGCCAGGAGUCCUCUCUGGAGAGUGAAUCAGACGAUGGGGAUGAGGAGGAUGAUUACAUGGACAUCUGA